AUGUUGUGCCACUUUGCACAUUUGCUGCGAGACGAAUAUGGUUUAACAAGUAGCCCGCAGGUAGAUAUCUACAAGAAAGUUGGUAUGUUCCUGUGCAUACUUGCACAUGGGAAGGGAUAUCGGCAGGUGACAACGAUUUUCAAUUACUCUUUGCAAACCGUCUGUCAAUUCUUCAAAGAGGUGCUAUGUGUCAUCGUUUUGCUAUCUGAACGUAUUAUACGAUCGGCGCAUGACUACAAUGACGGUGUCGAGCCACACAAGCCGGACCCGAACAAGCAUCCACUAUUUCAGGAUUGUAUUGGGGCUAUUAACGAAACACAUGUGCGAGCCGUGCUCCCGCGUCACAAAUGGGUGAACUUUAUUGGUCGAAAAGGAAUACCAACCCAAGAUGUGUUGGCCGCAUGUGAUUUCAAUUUAUGUUUCACAUUCGUACUUGCUGGUUAUACCAGGAACACGCAUGAUGCACGGAUUCUAGCUCGCGCUAUCUACAGCCCGGAGAUAGAAUUUCCCCAGCUAGCAACGGGAAAGUAUUAUUUGGUGGAUUCCGAUUUUGCUCAUCAACCGGGGUAUAUGGCCCCGUACAAAGGUUCAGACAUACUAUAUCACUUUCAGAAUGUCAUUAAACGUGCAUUUGGUGUGUUGAAGCAAAGAUCAAAAAUCCUUGAUCGUAUGCCUAGUUACUCAUUCCCAACACAAGUUGCAGUUGUCUUAGCUACUAUGGCCAUUCACAAUUUUCUGCGUCAUUUGGGAGUUGUGGACGAGGCGUUCGCAAGAGCAGAAACGGAUGAUAACGUUGCCAAGGUGGAGUUACCUAAUGUUGAGGAUGAAAUUCAGGUCGAAGUAAAUGCACCGGAGAUACAAUGGAAUGAGUGGGAUAGACUUCGCAAUUACAUGAUGAUGGCAGUUCGCAUAAUUGCACAAAUAUCUCUAGUGAAUUAA